UAAUAAAUAAGCCAAAACAAAGAUUCCACGUUUCCGUGAUUUGUUACACUACUAUAAUGGACUAUGCCAAGAAUGUGAUUAAUAAAUUCUAGGAAUUGCUAACAUUUUAUACUAUUUUCUUUAUAUCCAUGCCCAGUUAAACUAAGAAUAUGGUGGCCGAGAGUGGACACGAAGUGGUACAUCACCAGAGGGGGGCAGACCAAAAUCAACAGAUGGACCGAUAUAUGCUAUCUGGGAUGAUGCAGAAAUGGUUUGACCUUCAGGCAUGUAGUUUAGAAUCAGCACCCAAUGAAGCUUAUUACAAGUGUACAGUAAAAGUAGGCAAUUGUGCAUCAGCCUACAUUUUACAGUAGCCAAGCCUAAAGCCUAGGCUACUUAAUAUAAACUGGAUGUAAGUAGAGUAGAAUUCUGCAGAGUUUAAAUGUAUGAUUUGUGGAUAUUAUUCUAUUAUAUGACAAGCUAUUAUAUAUAAUUCCAGUCAGUUCAAAUAGCUUGACGUUGUAGUAGGCUAUGUCUUAGUGGGCCUUGAUAGGAGGUUAGAUAAUGUAAUGGUUCAGUGUGGAGGAAUACAGGCCUAUCUUAUGUCCAGUAAUUCUAUAGGCCUUUAAAUAAUAUAAUUUCAGAAAAGAAUGCAUUCAGAAUGGAAACAAAAAGAAUGCAUGGCAAUGGUAGGAAGAGCAACAAUGUUGCCCAAACAGUUAGUGGGUGUUUCGUGUUUCGUUGCGUGCGGGAGUCGUAACCAUGGUAAUAGUACACAAGUAGCACAAGAUUUGUUAGGUGAGCGGUGGUAAAAUGGAGACAAAACAUGAACCAGCAGAAGAAUCGGUGGAUGGGCCAUAUUAUCUCGAAAAAGUCUAUAUACCCGAAGACUCUGAGGACGACUAUCAAUAUGAAGAAGUUAUGGCUGAUGACGAUAUAAGCAUGACCGAAGGAGACGAAGAUCUCGAAGCAGCUGUGAAAGCUGUGAGAGAUUGCGCUGACGAUACAGACAUGAUUACACAGAGGAUUAGCUCGGUAAAGCAACCGGUUUCUCACAUCCCCGAAACAGUAGACGACUUUUUCCGUAACUUCCUUGUGAAAAUGGGCAUGAGUAGGACUUUAGAUUGCUUCCAAACAGAGUGGUUCGAAAUGCAGCUAAAAGGCCUGUUGAAAAUAGGCCAGGUGGAUUUCGUUCCUGAUGCCUACUCUCACAAUCAGCUCCUAGACAACGAACUCAGAAAUGUUAAGAAAGAACGGGAAAGCUACAAACAAGCAGCCCUUAAAGCAGCUGAAACGCUCGUUAAACUUAACAAAGAGAGGGACUUUCAUCGUAUGCAACAUAAGCGAGUGGUUCAAGAAAAGAACCGACUGAUAGAGGACAUCAGGCGACUGAAAAAACACUAUGCUUCCUAUGAACCAGCAUUCCGGCAGCUGACGGACAAGUACCAAGCGUCGCUGAAACAAAGGAUGCUUGUCAGUUUAGAGAGGGACCGAGUCCUUGGCCACGCACACAAUUUGCAGGCCUCUUUACGCAAUGCACACUCCUCCCCUGGGGUACGUUGUGCACCUAAGCAAGGCAAUGACAAAACUCAACAGGGAGUAGAGAAAGGGCCAAAGCCUCAGAACAACAACGGAAGUCCUUGCAUUCCUGCAACAGAUCUCAGCACAAACACUAAACAUCCUAAGGAUUCAGAGUUCCCUGCCAGCAGUCGUGUGAACCCAUACCUUCCUCAGAUCAAAGCUCUUCUAGCACAGGGAAAUAAAGGCUCAUGCUUCUCAUUGACAACUUCCAUAAAGGCCCACAGCAUGCCUAUCAGCUGCCUUGCAAUUCACCCUCGCAAGAUGAUUGUGGCCACCGCGAGUGAUGACCACCACUGGCGACUGUGGGGACUGCCUGCUGGGGAGAUGAUCAUGACAGGAGAAGGCCACAGUGAUUGGCUCUCCAGUUGCUGUUUUCAUCCCAACGGUGGAGGUCUGGCCACUACUGGGGGCGACACUACAGUUCGGAUCUGGGAUUUCAGCCAGGGCCGCUGCAUUCUCACACUGGAGGGUCACACCCAUGCCACCUGGGGCUGCUCCUUCCAUUCCAGCGGUGACUUUGUGGCCUCCUGCUCCAUGGACAACACCGCCAAGGUGUGGGACCUGAACAGCGAGAGGUGCCGUUACACUAUGCGUGGUCAUGUCGACUCCGUCAACAGUGUAGCCUUCUUGCCCUUCUCCAACACGCUCCUGACCUGUUCUGCUGACAAGACCCUGUCGUUGUGGGAUGCACGCACAAGUCUGUGUGCCCAAACCUUCUACGGCCACCAGCACUCCUGCAACCAUGCCGUUUUCAACAGCCUGGGGGACACCAUAGCAUCCUGUGACUCCUAUGGGGUGGUGAAUCUCUGGGACGUGAGGAAGGUCUCGGCUAUGCUCAGCGUGGACACCGGGCCACAUCCCAGCAACCAGGUGGCAUUCAGUCCAUGUGGGCGAACCCUGGCUGUGGCCAGUAACGACGGUUCAGUGAAGCUGGUUGAACUCGCUUCUUCACAAGUGACAAGUCUGGUUGGGCACGAAGAUGCAGUGCAGAGUGUCAUUUUUGAUCACAAAGGAGAGAUUUUAAUGUCUGCAGGGUCUGAUGGUGCUAUUCUUGUCUGGUCAUAAAAUACUAUCUAUUAAAUAAAAUACAGUAGCAAAAUUUUAAUAAAGUUGUUUGAAAUCA